AUGUCAGAGAAUAAAUUUGCAAAUAUAAAUCAAUAUCCCAAACAUAACAGACGGAAUAACAAAAAAAGAAAUGACUUUAAAAAUACACAGAGCCUUAAAAAUUCAUCGGAAUACAAUUCAAUACAGCCAACGUCUGAGAGAGACUCGAAUUCUCGAAGAAUUCGAGAAACAGAAAGAAGAGGGGAAAGAGAAAAUCAAAAAAUCCAAGCUAUCAACUCCAAUUCAAAAUCUACGGUCAGAAAACACCUUGAUAAUAUAGCAAAGAGGAUUUAUCAAUGGUGCGCUCAAUGUUGCGGAAAGAAAAAAGCAAAGUUAACCAAAGUACACAAAUCUACGUCAGAUUUCUUUAAGGAUAUUAAGGGAAAAUGUAAGGAUCGUAAGGAAAGAAAGAAAAAGACUACUUUUCGUGAAGCACCGGUACAAUACGAAAGCGAAGUUGGAGAAAUUUUGAGACGAGAAACUCCAAUCUUCGAAAGAGAAUUCGAAGAAGAGGAAGAUGAAAAAUUUGACGACAUGGCAGAUAAAAAGAAAGCUAAAGAGAAGAAAAGGAAAAAGAAGAGAAAGGAAAAAGAGGUUGUUCCAGAAUCAGCGUUUCUACCGUAUCGGAAAGAGGAAUUAGUCAAAGAUCGUACUCCUGAUGUAGGUAUAGAUUUCACGAAAAGCUGUUGUUACCUAUGCGCUCAAAAUACGAUGGCAAUCGCGGCAGCAAUGUCCAAAGUGGGAAAAUUCCAUAUGUCUAUACAAGUUUCUACCAAAGAAAUGUUAACCUGUGACAAAAGUUGCAGUCCAACUAUGCAAGUUAGAACUGUACAGUCGUCUGUUAAGGUAAGAACGCGCGACAUUGGCACUCUAUCUGAUAAAAAAAAGAGUAAAAAAUUAAGGCCGAAAUUGAAACUUAAAAAUUUCAAUAUAAUACCAAAACUAAAAUUCCCCGUGUAUCCAAAAGUGCGGACUGUUGCUUGCGAGACAGAUAAAUCGAUGAGACAUAAUAAUAUACCACAAUGUAGGGCAAGGCGUGGGGCCGACUGUGUAACCAAUGUUAAUGUAACGUGAAAUGAUAAAAAAAUUAUUUUACUUAACUCACAAACGACUAAAUGUUUUAUUCAAAAUAAAAAAAAUGGUCAGUUUCAUAUUGUGUAAAUGCACAUCUAUAAUUAGCACAUUGUUAAUGAAAAUAUUUAAAAAAAUCGUGUUUCCGCAUGAACGGACACCUACGUAAAUAAGAUGGUACUAUUUACAAUUUUACUAUUACUAUUACUUUUACUAUUACAAUAUAUUCGUGUAUUAAAUGAUAAUGCUUUAUUAUUUGAAAGAAAUUUUGGUACUUGAAUAAUAAUGAAAACUUUAUGACGAAAAUAUUUUUUAUAAAUUGUUAAACUAUUUAAAUGAUUCUCGAUAUACUUAUUUAACAUCAUUUUUAUUGUCAUGCCAAUAAUUUAUCGCGAUAAAUUUAUAAGACUAAUUUUGUGUAAUACGUCAAUUUGUUAAAUUUAAAUUUGUAGAUACACAUAAAGUAUAAAAAAAUUUUUAAAUUUUUGAAUCAAAGAUCUUUAUCUAUUUUCUUUUAUAGAAUUUUUUUUUGAUGGUAUAUAUAACAUAUAUAUUAUGUGUAUAUAAUUAUAAACAUAUGUAUGUAUACACAUAUGUAAAAGACAAAGAUAGAUAUGAAUAAUAUUUUUGUGUUCUUGUCUUUCAUACAAUAGGCUUUAUAAAAUUAUAGCUAAACUAUCUCCUAAACCAAUAGCUUUUGGGUCAAUGCCUUUUUACAGAGAAUGCCCAGAUUACAAUCGAUUAAUGUAUUUAAAAUUAUAUGAUCCUAUUUUGAAAAUGAACUUGACUUUGAUUGAAUAUCACCCACAGUUUCAUCUACACAAAAAAUUUACAUCGCACAAUGCAUUUCUUUGCACUCCUUUGUAAAAACAUUUCUUUGAUAGAUCUAUUCAUUAUGAGAUAUCACUGUAUUACAGGAAACACCCUGUAUAAAACUACACAACAUGAAAAAUUAUAUUAAAAAAAAAUAGUCGUGAAUCUUCUGUUCAAUGGUUGAAUAUUUUUUUUAAAUUAUAUAUUUAUAGAUAUAUUUUAUUACAGAGUUUAG